GCUCUGAGCGACUUCCGCGCCGGCCAAUCAGCACUCUGAUGGCGCGGGUUGUAGCCAUUGAGAGGCGCGAGGCGGCGGGCCUCCACCGGUAGCCGGGUAGGUAGCGGUAGUGGCGGGUGCCUGAGAGAGGCCGGGACCGGCGCGGCCGAGGGAGGGCGCGAGCCCCGUUUAAAGGGCCAGCGAGCGAGCACGAAAGUUGUGAAGAGUUUAGUGGUUGCCGGCCCGGUGGUGCUCGGGGGCUCGGCCGGGAGCCCCCUCCGGACAGCGGAGCCGGGGGGCCAGCAGCGGCAUGGAGCAGGCAGCGCCCAAGAGCAAACUGAAAAAGCUAAGUGAAGAUAGUUUAACUAAACAGCCUGAGGAAGUCUUUGAUGUUCUGGAGAAACUUGGUGAAGGGUCUUAUGGUAGUGUGUUUAAAGCAAUUCACAAAGAGUCUGGCCAAGUUGUAGCAAUUAAACAGGUCCCUGUGGAGUCAGAUCUUCAAGAAAUAAUUAAAGAAAUCUCUAUAAUGCAACAAUGUGACAGUCCCUAUGUUGUCAAGUACUAUGGCAGCUAUUUUAAGAACACAGACCUAUGGAUUGUUAUGGAAUAUUGUGGAGCGGGCUCUGUUUCGGACAUAAUUAGACUUCGCAAUAAAACGCUAACAGAAGAUGAAAUUGCAACUAUUCUGAAAUCUACUCUUAAAGGACUUGAAUACUUGCACUUUAUGAGAAAAAUACAUAGAGAUAUAAAGGCUGGAAACAUCCUUCUUAACACUGAGGGACAUGCAAAAUUAGCUGAUUUUGGUGUGGCUGGCCAGUUGACAGAUACAAUGGCAAAACGUAAUACUGUUAUAGGAACUCCGUUUUGGAUGGCUCCUGAAGUAAUACAAGAGAUUGGCUAUAACUGUGUGGCAGACAUCUGGUCCCUUGGUAUCACUUCAAUAGAAAUGGCUGAAGGAAAGCCUCCGUAUGCUGAUAUUCAUCCAAUGAGGGCUAUUUUUAUGAUUCCUACAAAUCCCCCUCCAACCUUCCGGAAGCCAGAGCUCUGGUCAGAUGAAUUCACAGAUUUUGUGAAGAAAUGCUUAGUGAAAAAUCCUGAACAAAGAGCUACAGCAACACAGCUGCUACAGCACACGUUUAUUAAGAAUGCCAAGCCAGUUUCAAUUUUAAGGGACCUGAUCACUGAAGCUAUGGAGAUAAAGGCAAAGCGACAUGAGGAACAGCAGAGGGAACUAGAAGAGGAGGAAGAAAAUUCGGAUGAAGAUGAGCUGGACUCUCACACCAUGGUGAAGACCAGUUCGGAGAGUGCUGGUACCAUGAGGGCCACAAGCACGAUGAGUGAAGGUGCUCAGACAAUGAUUGAACACAACAGUACUAUGCUGGAAUCAGACUUGGGGACCAUGGUAAUAAAUAGCGACGAUGACGAAGAGGAAGACGGGACCAUGAAAAGAAAUGCUACUUCGCCACAAGUACAAAGACCUUCUUUCAUGGACUACUUCGAUAAACAAGAUUCCAAGAAUAAAAGCCCUGAAAACUGCAAUCAGAAUAUGCAUGAACCUUACCACAUAGCCAAAAAUGUUUUCCCUGAUAACUGGAAAGUCCCUCAAGAUGGCGACUUUGAUUUCUUAAAGAAUCUGAGCUUAGAAGAAUUACAGAUGCGAUUAAAGGCUUUGGAUCCUAUGAUGGAACGAGAAAUUGAGGAGCUUCGUCAGAGGUACACCGCGAAGAGGCAGCCUAUCCUAGAUGCAAUGGAUGCAAAGAAACGGAGGCAACAAAACUUCUGAGUUUGUUUUCCUUUCAGAGAUCAUACUACGAGUCAGUGUGGACACUGGUAACUUUCUAAGUCUGAAGGAAUUUGGUUAUGAGUUUUCAAAACCCCAAUCUUUUGAAUUUUCCUUCAGAACCAAUGACAAUUGGAGCAGUGAAAGAACAUGCAUGCGGUGUUCCGCAAAGACAGCGCAACGCAUUGCCAUUUGUCUAUAUUUUCAAAUGUUUAAUGUAAAAGAAGUUUCAUCUGUAACUUCCCAAUCUUUUUCAGGUGUAUAGUGGUAACGUGGUGUUGUACAUUAGGAGUUGUGUUUUGGAGCACCUGGAACGAUUUCUUGAUUGUGCAACACUACAGAGCCUUAUGUUGCAAUAUAUUUUCCUCCCACUUAGUAGCAUAUUUAUUCUGUAAUCUUUGAUUAUCCUAUUUAUUUUGUGCCUGUUUUCUUUUUUUAUUAGGAAGUAUUAGGAUAAUAUUGUGGAAAGCAGAGCCAGAUUAGAUAAAAUUGGUAUUGUAGUGUUAAUGAAAAGAAACUCGCCACUGUCUUAUCUUUUAAAACUCCGAUUUCAGCAAGCAUCCCGAUUCAGGACAGCACUUAAACAUGUAUCCAGCCCAUUCUUAUCAGUAGGAUUUAAGCAUAAAAUAAGGAAUAGGCACAUGUUUUUCUGCUCUCCUGAAUCAGGGACCGUGGCUGUAGUUGAGCAAUACAGUUGUUACACCACAGAGCACUCUUUUAGAGAGUAUUUCUGUCAUUUUUACGCACACUUAAUGAUGUCUCAUUAAACAAGAAAACAAGUGCCUAAUCAGUUUUGAUUUUUCUGUUAUUUGGGAGAAGCAAUACUUGCAGCCACUUCAGUGCAAAUUUCCAAUUGCUAUUGCAAUUCUGACCAGUAUAAACCUCAGUUUUGCACCAUAGUUUUAUAAUGAAGUAACAGCUACACUUCUUGGAUAUGUUUUUUGGUUCAUUUAAUUUUUUUUUUAUCACUGUUUUGAGGGGAGAGGGGAAUUAUUAGUGGUUUGGGUUUGGUUUGGUUUCACAUUAGAGAUACAGAAGGAUUGUAAUUUAAAAACCAAAGAAAAUAAAUUGAAUACUUAAUGUGUAAUAAGUACUGAAAAGAAACGAUGUUUUGCAGUCCUGUGAGGGUUUUGUCCUGCAAUCACUAAACAUUCAAAAUUCCUGUUGUCUUCUGUGGUAGAUUUUGGGAAUCAGAAAUGCAAGACCAAGCUCUUCAUAUAUUUUACAAGUUCUUCUGUCUGGUCUAUAUUGUGGGAUAUCUAAUAGGUAGAAUUUACAACAUUGCAAGAGAUAUUUCAGACUUAGCAGAAAACGUGAUCCACUCUCUGAACAAUCUACUGUGUUCUCUAUUGAUAUCUUCACUAUCGUUGCCUUUUGUGUAAAUGACUUUACUGUGACAGUCAUACUUCUUUAAACAAUACAGCUGAAAAGAUCUUUGCAUUCAACCUUCAGCUGUUAAACUUUUAAUGGUGACUACUGUGUGGGCUUCUUCUGUUCAGUGUUUUCUGGAAGCUAGUAAUCAUCUCAUACCUCUUAGCAUUUGCCGUCAUCAGACACGGACCACUUGGACAGAACAGUGCAGUUUUUUGAACUGGUGCAUUAGAUCAUAAAGCUUAAGCAAAAGGAAAACAAAAGUUUUUACAAGAUCAGCAGAGUGCAGCUGAGCUGGGACCAGCACCUGGGUUUGAGCUGGGACCAGCACCUGGGUUUGAGCUGGGACCAGCACCUGGGUUUGAGCUGUGUACAGACGUUGUUGCCACUGUCACUCUGUGUGUGUGUUUGCGUUCACACCGCGCUCUAACAUGUAAAUUCUAACUGCGAUCAUUGGAACAUCCUUACCCUCAACUCUCUCCAUAUUUCUUAAAGUAAUGAUAGUCCCUUUUGAAAAAGCAAGAACACAGAUGAUCCAUAAAUAUUACUUUGGGCAAGAUAAAAUGCACCUGAUAGUCUUAAACCUCACUUUUAUACAAUGAAAUGAUGUAAAGUAAAAAAAGGUAUAAUCAUAUCACUAUAUCAUUAGAUUAUAAUCAUAAAGCAGCAAAAAAAUAACAGCUCCAACCUCCCCCUAUUAGUAUGGUUCUUAUUUAUUUAACAUGAAUUUCUAAAUCUUGAACUUUUCUGUUCUCAAAACCUCAAAGGUGUCUGUGCAUACAUAUAUUUGUGUAGGUAUAUACACAAGUGUGUGCGUAUCUAUAUACAUAUAAAAUAAAAAAUAUAAAAUAUUAAACAUAUCUAAAUCAUCAGGAGAGGAACCUAACCUGCCUUUUCUUGGUGUGCCUUUUAAGCAAAGUGUCAUUGUCUGGACAUUCUUGCUUGCAUCGUUAGCAGCUUUCUUUUCCCUUACUCCCUUAAACUUUUUCCCACCAAAAGUAAGACUUUGAUUUUGAAUAAUGUGGCUUUUCAGUGUAAUAGACAAUGUAAUACAAUGAUCACAAUUUCCAUAUUUUGUGUAUUCUGAAAACUUUAGUAAUGCAGUGCACUAAGUAUGAAUGGCUCAUUGAGAGGGACUCCAGUAAAAGGCCAUUUCAGACCAGAGCUGUUGCAGUCUGACAUUUGAAAGGUACCAGAAGGUAAAGUGUGUCCUUGCUUCACUCCUGAUCUGUCUGCAUAGAAACAACUCAAAUCCUGUGCUCAUGCGUGCACGCAGAUAUAGAUUAUACAUGCAAGAGGAAAAUCUGAAAGCCAUGAAGUAAAAUAAAAAUGUAAACAAGCCACUUAAAAUGAGUAAAAAAUAGCCUCUGAGAUACUGUAAACUGGGUAUAUAUAGGACGUUUGUGACCAAAGAAUACUUUCACCAAUUAAUAUGAAAUUAGUAAUGUUAACCUUCUGAUAUGGUGCAUGUCAGUCUAAGAGCUGUCUUUGACUUCAGAAGCCAGUGCAUCAGGCUCUGAAUUAUGUAAGGGCAUAACAUAUAGAAAUAGAUUUUAUAUUGAGAGAUGGAUACAGCUUAUUUUUUCUUCUGUUUAUAUAAAUGAAUCAAAUCGUUCAUGUCAAUGAGUACACAUCUCUACUGGAGGGUGAGCAUCUCUGUGAAGGAAAGCUGGUAGUACAACAAAUAAGACAUUUUAAAAGCCAGCCUUGCAGGAAAUCUGAUAGAACUACUGACAAGUUAACUUCAGUAAGAUUUAUCCAAGCAAUUUCUCGUUUUCUUCUGACUUUGUAUGUUUAGGUUUAGUAAGUAAAAAAAAAUUAAAAAAUUGAUAAAUCAUUACUUAUUACUAAACAUUUGUAAUAAAAGCUAAUUUUUCAUGUAUAA